AUGAACUUAAUUGACCGUGAUAAUUUAAUUCACAAGAAUGGGGCACCGUUAUGCGACACGACGACCGCCAUUGUACAACGGCGGCCACUAUUGACACACUGUACAGCGAUUAGUGGUGUACUGAUCGCCCCACAAUCAUCAUCAUUCUCCAAUUCAAACAGGAAAACAGUGCAGUUUGUAGAUACUUAUGAUCUGGCUGCAUUUGACUCAUGCUCGGACAUUGACUCUAAGCUUGAUGCCUUCAAUGAAUUGAUAGUAGAUGUUUUGGAUGAAGUUGGGCCAGAAAAAACGUUUGUUGUGAAUCGUCCACCGGUUCCUUGGUUGACAGUAGAGCUGCGCGGAUUGAAGAAAGAGAGGGACGCAUGUUAUCGUGCUGCAAAGCGCUGUAACUCAACUUUUCUUUUCACCAGAUAUGUAGACCUGAGACGCGAUUUCAAGCGGAAGCUAUCAUUGUCAAAGAGUGAAUAUCUACAGCGUAAAUUUGAGUUUGCUUGUCGGACCAGAUUGUUCUGGAAAGAGAUAGACAGCCUUGGGCUAACAAAGAAAGGAUCUCAAGUUCAUCACGUUCCUACUAUUUCUCCUGAUGUGUUAAAUGCCUACUUUUCAUCAGUUGCAUCGGGUAAUAUCUUGCCAAGCUUUGAAGAAUGUGUAGCAAUUUUUGAUUUUGGAAAUAUUGUUGAGAAGGAUUUGGAAUUUAAUUUAUGUAAUACUGACAUUGUCAGUGUUGAAAGUGCAAUCAAGCGAAUUCCAACGAAUGCAAGAGGCCUUGAUGGUUUUUCAGUUCAAGAGUACAAAGCCAUUCUGAAUGAUACAUUACCUGUGAUCUUGUUCUUAUUUAAUGAAUCUAUUAGUAAUAGUGUUUUCCCGUUAAUUUGGAAGUAUUCGUCAGUGUGUCCUCUACCAAAAGUUCGUUACCCGUCGUCAUCUUCCGACUAUCGUCCAAUAUCCUUGCUAUUUGCGUUAUCAAAGGCGUUAGAGAGAAUUAUUUAUAAUCAGGCUACAAAGUAUUUGAAAGAUUAUGAUUUGCUAGAUCACAGGCAAACAGGUUUUAAAGAGAGUAUGAGGACUCAAUCGGCUGUCUUGAGAUUUGCUGAUGACACAAGGUUAGGGAUAGAUCAGGAUGAGGUUACUGUUGCUGUUUUCCUAGAUUUUACUAAAGCAUUUGAUACAGUUGAUCAUUUUUUGUUGCUGUCUAAAUGA